CCAAGUGCCGGUCACGUGAUGUGCGAGGUAGCGCUCGGUGCCGGAAGUUAGGGGCGUCCUGUACCAUCCUCAUGGCGGCUGGAAAGAGCUGAGUCCCUGCGUGGAGCGGUCCCUCCACUAGGGCAGACGCAGCCCGGCUUCACGCUGGAUCCAGGCGGUUUCUCCAGGUGACCUCUACACCCCAUCACUGCCGUCCUCCGAUGGUUUCCUGAGUCCAUCUAGUUGAUGCAGUGAUUUUUUUGGGAACAAUGGUGAAGUAUUUUCUAGGCUUGAAUGAGCUGAAGAGCUCCUGGGACCAAGUAUUUACUGCUUUUUGGCAGCGCUACCCAAACCCAUACAGCAAACAUGUCCUGACUGAAGACAUUCUGUACCGUGAGGUAACCAGUGACCAGAAGCUUUUAACCAGGAGGUUAUUAACGAAGACCAACCGCCUACCACGUUGGGCCGAGCGCUUCCUCCCAGCCAAUGUGGCCCAUGCUGUGUACAUUUUUGAAGACUCCAUAAUCGACCUUCAUAAGAAAACCAUGACAACCUAUACCUGGAACAUAAACCACAGCACAGUCAUGUCUGUGGAGGAACGCUGCACAUACUGUGAAAAUCCAGAUAACAAAAAUUGGACCGAGAUUAAAAGGGAGGCUUGGGUGUCUUCACGUCUGUUUGGCUUUAGCAGACCCAUACAAGAAUUUGGUCUGGCUCGGUUCAAAAGUAAUGUGACCAAGGCAAUGAAGGGCUUUGAAUUUAUCCUGGCAAAAAUGCAAGGUGAUAUACCUUCCAGGACACUAGUGGAAACUGCAAAAGAGGCAACAGAAAAAGCAAAGGAAACAGCACUUGCAGCAAAGGAGAGAGCCAGAGAUUUGGCCAGCAAGGCAGCUACAAGCAAGAAGCAACAAUAUGUCUAAGCGUCCCAGCUGCCAUUCUUCUGUAGAUCCUACAUCUCUGAACAUCAGGCCCAAUAAUACUGGGUUCAAUGGUCAUCUGAACUAAAUUAGGCUAUUUCUAGAAAUUCUUUAUAUGUAUUGUGCUGUAAUUUAAAAGAAGGAAAUAUAUACUUGAAUGUAAUCAAAGAUAAGAAAUUACACUUUUCUAAGCUUUAAUUUUUGAUUAAAGAAUGAUCUGA